CUCUUGUUGGCUUUCUGCAGAGGUAAUGUAGUGCAGUCUCUUAGACUUUACUUUUAACAGUUUCUACUUUGUAAUGCACAGGGUCUCAGUCUGUUACCUCAGUGUGCAAACAUGACAAAGUAGAAGAGGCACCUGAAAGUGAUUUUUACAAUGGAAUCUACUGGACGAUGGAAAAAACACAGGAUUUUAGUGUUUACAUUUGUGGUGUUCAAUACUGCAUCUUCGAAUACUUUCUCUGGAAAUACAGCCAAUGUGAGCAGUGAGAGGCAGUUUGCAGAGACUGUCUCAGGACAACAUACGCUUCCCUCCUGGUAUUAUGCAUCUGUUGGUGCUGUGCCCAAGCAUGGCACCGCCGGCUUACACUCUCAGAACAGAUGGCGUACACAGAUGGCUUUCUCCAAAACUGUUUAUUCAUUUGAAGUGAAAGAAGACACACUACCAGGUACAGUUGUGGGAAAAGUGGGAAUAACAUUUACGAGUCUCACGCCUAUCACAUACUCAGUGCAGGAGGAUGACGGAGAGAACCUGUUCCUCCUCAGCCCCCUCUCCGGGGACUUUCUAUUAUCCCGCAGCCUGGAUUUCGAAACACAAAGAUUCUUCAUUCUCACAGUGGUGGCCCAGCAGGGGGAUUCACAGGUGUCCAGUGUCAGGGUGUAUUUUAAUGUGCUGGAUGUCAAUGACAACCCCCCUGUUUUCAGUAAGGAUGACUUUUCUGCGUCACUGCUGGAAAACACACGGGUUGGAACCUGUUUCCUGUCUUUCAAUGUGUCCGAUAAAGAUGAUGGAAUCAAUGGAGACCUGAACUUACAAGUGGUGAACGGAAAUGAAGACCAAGUGUUUGUCAUUAACCCAUCUGGUAGUUUAUGUCUGAAUGCAGAGUUAGACAGAGAGAGACAAUCCUCCUAUAAUCUGACUGUCACAGCGAAUGACUGUGCUCUGCCUCUGGCCUUGCAGUUCACCAGCACAGUACAUGUUGUGAUUGUAGUUGAUGAUGUCAAUGACAAUGCCCCUUUGUUUGUAACAGCCAGCAGUGUUAGUGUAUCAGAGGAUGCUGCACUUCAUUCAGUUGUAAUGACUGUACAUGCUGUGGACGCAGAUGUCGGAUCCAACGGGGAGGUUUUAUAUUUUUUAAACAACACUUCUGGUGGUAAUUUCAGCAUCGAUACUGGAAACGGAACAAUAUACCUGCAGGAGACCUUGGACAGAGAGCACAUAGAUGUGUUUACUGUUAGGUUAACAGCUACUGAUAAAGGCUCGCCCAAGUUGGAAACCACUGUGAACCUAACCAUUAAAGUAGAGGAUGUUAAUGACCACGACCCUGAGUUCUCACAGAGCACAUACAGCCUGACUGUAAGGGAGGACAUCCCAACAGGACAGAGCCUGCUUCAGGUUCACGCUCAUGAUCAAGACAUUGGACCAAAUGGACAAGUCCGCUAUGUGUUGACCCAGGAGAGUCCGUUUGUGGUGGACUCAGUUCGAGGUGUCAUCACAGUCAUGGACAAACUGGACAGAGAGAGAGAUUCCAACUAUACCUUAAAUAUCAUGGCUGUAGAUCAGGGGAACUUACCCAGAUCUGCCACUGCUGAAGUCAGUGUCACAGUCUUGGAUGUUAAUGACUUUGCUCCUAUGUUUUCUCCAAAAACACUGUCUAUCCAUGUAAUGGAAAAUGAAGUGGACCCCUUUCAUCUAACACAUCAGGUCUCAGCUUUGGAUGAAGAUUUGAGUAUCAAUAGUCAGCUGAUGUAUUUCAUACAAAAAGGAAACGAUGAUGGUCUGUUUUCCAUCACUCCUAAUGGAACAUUUCAGAUUCUACGCAGCCUUGACAGAGAGAAAGAAUCAAUUUACAACCUAGUCAUCACUGCUGUUGAUUCAGGAAUACCACCUCUUACUGGUACCCUAACCAUACAUGUUAUAGUGGAUGAUAUGAAUGAUAACCGUCCAGAGUUUACUGAGGACGUCUACAACACCAUAGUGUCAGAGGACAGUCCAUCAGGCACUGUGUUUGCCAUGAUAAUGGCUUCGGACAUUGAUGAAGGUGACAAUGGGGAAAUAAGGUAUUUCAUGGAGAACACAGACGUACCUUUUUCUAUUGAAGAAACAUCUGGAGAGCUCUAUACAACUGAUUUACUGGACAGAGAGACGGUAGCAAUUUACAGGCUGACGGUGAUCGGCUCUGAUAAACAUCCCACUGAGCCUUUGUCCAGUUCUGUUGUUGUUACCGUGCUGAUAGGAGAUAUUAACGACCACUGGCCCCAUUUUCUGAACAGCCCAUAUGUGGCUUAUGUGCCCACUGAGAUGGAUGCAGGCUCAGUUGUUUGUGCUGUGAAAGCUACAGAUGAAGACAUUGAGAUGAAUGCAGAACUUCAUUAUUCAUUAUACGGACCAAGUGCAGAUCUGUUUUCCAUUGACCCAUACAGCGGUACUGUGUUCACUUCAGCUGCUCUCAGGAGGACAGAGGAUGUUAUACUUAAUGUACAUGUGGAAGAUGCUGGAGAAAAUCCUAAAUAUGACUUUACUACCGUAAGUAUCCGAUUUCAAAAUGUAUCCGAAUUUCCAGAGAUUCGAGUGGAUCCGUUGAAUUACUCUCUCUCUGAGGAUGAUCCAGUGGGGACGUUACUGACUGUGGUCGCAGCUACAACCGUCAGAGCUCAACCAGUUUCCUUUUAUCUUGCCUCAGGAAAUUAUGAGGAGAUGUUUCAUGUGAACCAACUGAAUGGAAAUCUGACAGUGGAGAACCCUCUGGAUUACGAAAACAAAAAGGAGUUUACUUUGUUGAUAGAAGCCAGAGACUCUGGUUCCCCUCCUUUCUCAUCAUUCAUAGAAAUUCACAUAAACAUCACUGACGUUAAUGAUAAUGUCCCGCUGUUUACUCAAGUUGAAUACAGGUGUGAAGUUUUUGAGAAUUCGCCACCAUCUUGGGUUUGUGACGUUCUUGCAAUUGAUGCAGAUUCUGGCAUUUAUGGAACUGUGCAGUACAACAUCACAGAAGGAAACAUGGAUUACAUUUUCAUAAUUGACCCUGAAAAUGGUUUAUUAAGCACCACUGCAAGUUUAGACAGAGAGAAUAUACCUGAAUUUAAUUUAACGGUUGAAGCUGCAGAACUAGACAACCCACUUCAUAAAGACAGAGCGACAGUUAUUGUCAGUGUUUUAGACAGAAACGACAAUGCACCUCGAUUCGCUCAGAUUUUCAUCUCGGAGGUACCUGAGGAUGCUCCGAUCGGACAAACGGUCAUACAAGUCACCUCAACUGAUGAUGACACCGACGCAUAUGCAGGGAUAAAUUAUUCCAUUGUUGACUAUAGUGAAUAUAUGCCAUUUUAUAUUGACUUUGACACCGGCUACAUCAUCGUUCAACAACCUCUGGACAGGGAGCUGGAGGAUCACUACAUUGUGAAAAUAAAUGCAAAUGAUUCGGCAUGGAGCAUAAGCACUGACGUCACUAUUAUCAUCACAGACGUUAAUGAUAAUAUACCAGUAUUUUCUGAACAUUUAUACAGCGUAUUCCUUUCAGAAUCAACAGAUGAAGAGGUAUUUGUCUUACAAGUCCUUGCUACAGAUGCAGACACAGGGGAGAAUGGCCAUAUUUUAUACAUUAUAGAACCUCCAAAUGAGAGAUUUUGGGUGAACGCUUCGACUGGUGAAAUCUAUACGAAGCAGCCACUAAUGUUGCAGAAUUCAGAUUAUGAUAUUUUCCAGUUUACAGUGGUCGCAUUUGACUGUGGCAGCGAUCCACUGCACAGUAACACCACUGUAAUAGUGACAUUAGAACCACAUAACCACUAUGCACCGGUGUUUUUGCCUUUACAGCGUGUGAUUGCGAUUCCAUACGACAUGUUCAUUGGAACUGAAGUUGUCCAGUUUACAGCAAUAGAUCAGGAUAUUAACAACAGCAGCACUGAUAUUGAAUACUAUUUAAUUGGAGGUAAUGCAAGUGAGUUCUUUUGGAUCCACGGUGACACUGGAAAAGUGGUAUUGAAUCAAAGUUUGUCAGAGAGCAUAAAUGUGUUUCUCACUUUCUCAGUUGAAGCAAAAGACAAGGGUCUUCCUCCUUUAUCGUCACAAACCCAAAUUACCUUUGAAAUUACUGGCACAAAUCAAUUUUCUCCGAGCUUCAAGGAGCCAGAUGUCACUUUUACUGUCCCCGAGGACUUGCCAGAGGGAUCAGUAAUUGGGAAAAUUGAGGCAGAAGAUGAAGAUUCUGGUUCAAAUGGUGUCAUUAUGUACUGCAUUACCGAAGAAACUCUACAUUUACCAUUUUCUGUAGGAGAAUCCUCCGGGCUGAUAAUACUGACCAGAGAGCUUGACUUUGAAAAAGAAAGCAUCUAUCAGUUCCAAAUUACAGCCACAGAUGGAGGCUGGGCAUCUAAAAGUGGUCUGUCAAAUGUGACUGUAGUUGUUGUGGAUGUGAAUGACAAUCCUCCAGUCUUUUUAGUUCCGGAGUAUAUCAUAUCUUUACCCGAAAAUUCAGAAAUUGGGACAAAUGUCCUUGAUGUAAAAGCUGCCGAUGCUGAUUCAGGCCCAUAUGCACAAAUAAGCUACUCUCUCACUGCCGGUCAUGUGGAUAAAUUUGUGAUUGAUUCAAGAAAUGGCACAAUCACCACUUUGGAGAUUUUCGACUAUGAACAAGAGCCGACAUUUGAUAUAACAAUCAAAGCAUCCAACCUUGAUGGCCAUUCUUUAUUUAGUUUGGCACACGUUGUCAUCCAAAUCUCAGAUGUCAAUGAGUUCAAACCUUCAUUCAAGGCAAAAGAAUUCCAUUUUUCUGUGUCUAGAAAUGUUCCUAUUGCAACAAGGGUUGGAAAAGUAAUAGCUACAGAUCAUGACCGAGGCCCUGAAGGCCAGGUGUUUUACCUGAUGUUUGGCCAAAACAAAAAUAUGGGCUUUGAAAUCAAUCAGAUUUCUGGGGAAAUAUACACAACAAGCAGUUUGAGGAAGCAAGGUAACACUCAAGUUGUUCUAAAAGUCUUGGCUAAAAAUUCUGGGGUUAUAACUGGGAUGGAUGUGGACGAGGCUUUAGUCCAGAUCAGUGUGAUCGACAUUAAUGACGCACCCAUGUUCUCCUCUUCACUUUAUUUUGCAAAUGUUACAGAAGACAGUGAAGUUGGGACUUAUGUGACAACAGUGAGUGCUCUGGAUCAGGACUCUGUACUGAAGUGGAAUCAUUUCUUCUUCAGCAUUGAAAAGGGAAACACAAACUUUCCAUUUGCUGUGAAUCCAUCCACUGGUGUCAUUUCUGUAAACUCUCCACUCGACAGAGAACAGUGGCCGAUGUACAACCUUACAGUUACAGCCACUGAUAAUGGUUCUCCACCAGCCACCGGGACCACUAAUGUCAUAGUAACCGUUGUUGACGUCAAUGACAAUGCCCCCAAACUCACUGUUACUGAAGCUCAGCUGAAGGAGAAUCUGCCUCAAGGUACCGUAGUGGUUAAAUUAAAUGCAACUGACUCAGACUUACCACCAAACCAGGGACCAUUUACAUACUGGUUGGUGAAUCCUGUAAUAGACACUACUUUUUCAUUGACUCCUGAUGGGGUUCUAUUCACCACAAGACCUGUUGAUCGAGAACAGACCGCUGUAUAUAAACUCCAGGUGGCUGUCAGGGAUGCAGGAGUCCCUCCACUUUCGUCAACAACAAUGUUUCACAUCAGGAUCAUGGAUGAGAACGAUAAUCCUUCCAUUCCUAGAAACAUUUAUAUUGAGGUGAAAUAUUUUGGAAAUUCUUUCCAGGGAGGCAUAAUUGGCGAUGUCCGUCCUGAGGAUCAUGAUCAGUAUGACACGUUUACUUGUGUUGUUAAAAGUGGGCCGCUGGCUAUGUUUGCGAUAGCUAAUGGUACAUGUGAGUUAAGUUCGGCUCCUUUUCAAGGUGAGGCUACAUACAACAUCACUAUUGAGGCAACAGACCAGUUUCACGACCCAGUCAACAACAGUGUCUACAUAAACUACAAGGGAUUUACAAAUGCAUCUGUAGACAACUGUAUAUUAUUCUAUGUGUCUUCAACUUCAAUGGGAGAGUUCUUGUCGAAUCAGUAUUUGAGAUUUGUCAAAGCUCUGGAUAGUCUGUUUAACCUACAGGCCUCCAAGACUCAUCUAUUUGGAAUGAAACGCAUUGGCUCUGAAAUCCUUCUGUUAGCCGCUGUUAAAAAUUACAACGGUCAAUAUCUCAGCAAAGAGCUAGCAAGUGGAAUCUCUUCAAGCCACAAGAAAUUACUGGAGUCUCAGAGCAACGUCACUAUUUCUCACAUCACCAGCGAUCCAUGUUCCACCAGCCCCUGUCACAACGGGGCGUCAUGCAACAAAAACAUUUACAUCAGCCAGGAAGUUGCUGUCCUGGAAAGCGUCGCCGUCAUCUUUGUGUCACCGCAGAAGGAGAUUUUUAAUUGCACAUGUCUGGCUGGCUUCACCGGAACAGCGUGUGAAUAUGACAUUGAUGAAUGUGAGGCAAGACCUUGUAAGAAUGAAGGUACAUGUGUGAACACUCUGGGAAGUUUCUACUGUCACUGUCAGAGCGGCUUCUCCGGCCCUGUCUGCGCCACCGACAUAAAUGAAUGCCUGAAGCUGAACUGCCAAAACAACGGGACGUGUAUUCAUAAUCAGGAUGGAUACUGGUGUCGCUGUGUUCCUGGGUUUGAAGGAGAAGCCUGUGAGAAGUUCAUAGAUCAUUGCAGAUCUACACCAUGUGUCCACGGCAGCUGCAUCAACUCGCAAACAGGAUUCACUUGUCUCUGUCCGUUUGGAGUGAGUGGAAUCCACUGUGAGGAGCAGAGUUAUGGCUUUGAAGAACUGUCCUUCAUGGAGUUUCCUCCGUUAGACCGCAGGACUAAUUUAAUCUCUCUAGAGUUUGCCACAGUGCAGAGGAACUCCCUCCUCUUGUACAACCCAGGAGGACCAGCUACCGAAGAGUACCUGGCCCUGGAGAUCCGGGACGGGGCCGUACAUCUGUCUUAUGACCUCGGUUCAGGACCUGUAAUGCUGCAGACAAACAAGCAGGUGGCCGACGGACAUUUCCACAAGAUCAGCGCCAGAAGGGUCGGCAGUAUGGGCUUUCUGCAUGUGGACAACUGCACAGAAACUGAAAACAAUGGGUUCUGUUUUUCUCAGAAUGCUGGUCAUAUUUUUGAAAGGAUGUUAGAUGUUGGAAACAUCAACAUGACACUGGGAGGACUGAGGACUGUUGAAUCUGUUUUACUUCAUCCUGAGCAGAUACAAACACAUGAUUUUGUUGGGUGUAUUCGUAAUAUUAACGUGAAUGGAGUGGUACUGAGAUCUUCAAUGGCCCUCGCCACAUAUAACAUUCUUGAAAGGUGUCCUAGACCAAUGGUGUCACCAUGUCAAAGCAACCCAUGCAAGAAUGGAGGAGUGUGUCAUGAUCUUUGGUCUGACUAUCUUUGUGAGUGCAAACAUCCUUAUACUGGAAGCAACUGUGCCAAAGAGAUACCAGAAGAGGUGAUGUUGCAGUUUCAGGGGAAUGAAUAUAUCGAGUACAUUAUCAAGGAGCGAUUCAAAAGGGACUACCUGAUAAAAUACAAUCUGGAUGAAAGAAAAGAAGUGAGCACUGAAGCCUUACCAGUGAUUAACAUCAAAUUUAAGACCAAAGAAAAUGGAGUGUUGGUAUUUGUUCUUGGACAGACAGGAUUUAUUGUGCUUAAGAUAAAAGACAGAAAACUGGGAUGUACUUCUAAAGACAACCCCUCUGGAAACCUGUCAGAUUUAACCGUCAACGCUGUGGUCGGUGACGGACGAUGGCAUGUUCUGUCAUUGUUCAGCAACAAACACAACACUUUUGUCCUUGUCGAUGGUAAACUUGUUGUGAACAUCACUGAAAGAAAUAUUGAUCUUACUCCUCCUAACGUGGAAAAAAUUGUCCUUGGCGCUGGAGAUUCAUCGGCCCAACAGUCAGGAUUCGCGGGCUGUGUGCAGUAUUUCAACAUGUCAGGUCAUACUCUGCCUGUUAGUGGACACAGUGAGGUGGUGGAGGUCUGGCCCAGCUCCACUUUGGUCCAGUCAAGUUGUGUUUCUCCAGACGUCUGCUUUCCUUCGCCCUGUUCUGAAGAGGACCUAGGGACGAGGACUUGGCGGAGAUGUGGACCCGGUGGGCAGAGCGGGUCCUGCGUCUGCUUGCAUAAUGUUUCUGACCAAAUGUGCGACUUCUGCUCGACACAAAACCUCGGACGGUGCUUUGAGACCCAGGCCGGCGACGCAGUUCCUCUGUGGAUCAUAGCUGUGGUUCUUCCAGUUUUCUCAGUGCUGGCUUUUAUAGCGUUGUUCGUCGCCCUUUACAGAGCGAGGAGGCAAAAUGCAAAAUGCCAACGUAACAGCUUGUCACAGAGAGCAGAGCAAGGGACAGACAACGCGGUGUUCUGUUUCGACGACGGCAGAACGCUAGCAGAUGCGGUGCGUGCAGAAAAAGUCCAUCCGCCUAAACUCAGCUCUGAUCAGCAGAGGUCAAGUGUCAAGCGUGAUGCCAGUCUGGUGAGCGUUCAGCCGGUGUCGAACAGCGGCGUGGAAUACUGCGAAAUUAACAGCGUCUGUAGCGAGUUUUUUAAUUCAGAUGCGACGUCAGUAAAGCUCACCUGGCACAAACAUUUUUACAGUAAGAAAUAUACAAAAUCUGAUCAUAGACAAUGGGGAGAUUUGAAGAUGUUAUUGGCAAGUUUUAAGAAAGGCCCGUCCGGUGAAGAGGCCUCAUCCGGUCCUAUAAAACCUCCAAAAGUGACGACUCUAACCAAGCAUCUGUUGACUAAGACUGAUAUCGAACAAAUUAAACAUUCACCUUCUUGUUACGCUACAAAGUUUCUACAACCGGAGCUCCUGGAACCUGUUCAGCCUCUCACAUUUGACGAAAUCAGGAAACUAAACUCACCUCUGGAGUCAAAGGAGAAACACUGGACACCCAAGAGGUCCAGCCCUGUAAAAUCCACCGCAAUAAUCGACUUCUCAUCCGACAGUGAAACAGAUAGCACCUUCACCUGCACAGAGUCGGAUUACGGGCAGUUUUCUGUCAGGACGUAUGUGCACAAACAGUCAGCGCACAGCUUUAGGCAACAAAGCAUUUUACCUGUAAACUCAUUAUUCAAGCAAACUUGCUGCUGUGCUCAAGGCCAGCGUAAAACGGAAGGUACUCCGACUAAUGCAUUUGAGCAGAUGGAGUUUAUUCUAAAUAUGCAGCUGCCUUUUAGGGUUUACGCUCCAGUAUUUGACGAUAUCGCGCGUCUACCCUUUGGGGCCACUCAUAGCAAUGAUAUGCAAAGUGACAUUGAGGAAAUAAUUUAACUUUUUUUUCUGACUGUGUAUUUCCCGGGUGCAUUUUGCCUCAUGGCAGCUGUUCUACCCA